UAUAAAUGCACUGAAGAAAUGGUCUGUACUAGUGAGUGCAAUUCACUAGGAUGAGUCUAGUGCCUAUUCACGUCCAAAACUAAUAUGAUUGAAAAGCUUGUAUUAGUUGUCCUCUGGGCUCUCUCCCUGUGCAAAGGUUUGGAUAGCUCAUCCGAGAAACAUGUUCCCAUAUCUUUGGAGGAAACAAUACUAGGUCGAAACCGCGGGUUUUGCAGCACAUGGGGAAAUGGAGCGUUCAGGACUUUUGAUGAUAAGUUGUAUCAUUUUACGUCAACCUGCAACUACAUUCUGAGUCACCACUGCAAAAAUGGUGCAGAGGAUUUCAACAUCCAGAUCCGUCGAGGGUCAGAUGGUAAUCUGGAACAUGUAUUCAUCCAGAUAGAAGGGGUCAAAAUUCUGGUGGUGAAUGGGACCAUUUCAGUUCAAGAUGCAGUAAUACAGCUACCAUAUCAUGACAAGGUAAUUGGCAUCUAUAAAAGAGGAAUUUACACACAACUAUCAAACAGAAAGCAUACUAUAUCUGUGAACUGGAAUAAUGAAGAUGCAUUAUGGGUAACUAUUGAUGAUAAAUAUCAAGGACAAUUGUGUGGCCUUUGUGGGAACUUUGACAUAAACAGCAGCAGCAAUUAUGAUUCGAAUUUUCUAAAUACAAACAAACUAGAUGUUUUGGGCCACACAUGUCAUAGUAACCCCCAAUCAAGUGAAACAUGUGAAGCGAGUUCUCAUUGUCAGGCAAUUUCAUCUCUGUUCCUGUCGUGCUUUGACAACAAAGUGAUUGGGCAAUACUGGAAGCUUUGUCGGGCAGAUGUUUGCAGCUGUAAGGGACCGGGGUGUCAAUGUGCAACCUUUGCAGAAAUUGCACGGCAUUGUGAUAAAGCUGUCUUCCAGUACUGGGAAAACUGGAGGACACAGACGGAGUGUGCAUUCCCCACCUGUCCAGGGAAUCAGAUAUACAAGGAGUGUGGCCCUUCCUAUAUUCCAACAUGCACCGAUCGGAAUCCCCAACAACAGUCCAAAGAGUGUGUGAAUACUUGUGUCUGUCCAGAAGGGAAAGUUCUGGAUAAUGUAAGAGGCAGUAACAGGUGCAUAACUGAAAGUGCAUGUCCUUGUGAAUACAGCGGACAGAUUUAUCCAGCUGGCGAGAUCAGAAACACUUCAUGCCAGUCAUGCAUUUGUGAAAGUGGAAAAUGGGCAUGCUUUUACCGCAGCUGCCCUGGGAGAUGUACCAUUGAAGAAGCAACAUAUUUUACAACAUUUGAUAACACCUUCUACAGUUUGGUUGGAGAUUGUUCAUACUACGCAGUUUUAACAAAUGACUGGAAUAUUGAGGUUGCGAUCCAUCAAUGUCAAGCAGCAUUUAAGCAGACAUGCUUGCAGCGUGUUACCCUAACUCAGAAUCAGACCAGCAUUGUGUUCAACAAUGAUGGCAAUAUAUACUUAGAUGGAAAUGAAGUUGCAAGCCCCCUGAGAACAGGAGAAAUAAUAAUAUUUUGGCAGUCCUCAAAGUUCAUUCAAGUGGCAACAACAUUUGGCCUGAAAAUGCAAGUGCAGAUAGAUCCUGUUAUGCAGCUUUACAUCUCUUUGUCUGAGGAUGCAAAAGGAAGCACAAAAGGUUUAUGUGGCACCUUCAAUGAUGAUGCAGAUGAUGACUUCCUUUCUGCACAGAGCAUUGUGGAGAGUACACCCAUUACUUUUGCUAACUCCUGGAAGACUGGGGACAGUUGUCCUGAACCAACAAUACCUUCUCCUUGUGUCAGUUCAGAAAAUGAAAUCUACGCCAAGCUACAUUGCUCCCACUUAAAAGAUCCAGUCGGUGCAUUCUCUGUUUGUCAUUCAACGGUGGAUUACCUGAAAUACUAUCAAAUGUGUGUAGCUGCCACUUGUGCCUGUGAGAACAUCAACGACUGUCUGUGUGCAGGAUUGGGAGCGUAUGUUCAUGAGUGUGCAGCUCAUGGUGUCAUCGUCAGAAACUGGAGGAAAGACAUCUGCAAUAAACCAUGUGCAAACACACAGGUCUUUGAGAAUGACAUGAAGACCUGUAACCGCACCUGUCGAUCAUUAUCCCGUUAUGAUUAUACCUGUGAUGUUGAGGACGUGCCAGUUUUUGGCUGUGGCUGUCCUGAGGGGAAAUACAUGGAUAACUCUGGAGAAUGUAUUGAUAAAUCAGACUGCUCCUGCUAUUUGGGUGAUACAGUUAUCAAAAAAGGACAAAGCAUAAAUCUGAAUGGUAGAAUCUGCACAUGUGAAAAUGGGAAAUUUUCCUGUCCUGUAGUUCCAACCACCACACAGCCAGGAUGCCUAAAUGGGAAGAUUUAUAAUGACUGCACUAAUAACCUCUUCCAUGGAAAGAGCAAAGCAAAGACAUGCAGAGGUCGAAAUAUCCCAUCUUCAAGUAGUCGGUGUGUCCCUGGCUGUGUUUGUCCUGGUAAUCUUGUGGAAGAUGACACCGGAAGAUGUAUUGACCCUGAACAGUGUCCUUGUUUAUUUGGAGGAGAAAGUCACAAUUCUGGUGAAACAAUCCGAAGGGACUGCAAUAAAUGCACUUGUCGAGCUGGAGUAUGGCAAUGUACCACUAAUCCAUGUCCAAAGACCUGUCAGGUCCAUGGAGACGGUCAAUAUCUAACCUUUGAUGGAAAGAGAUAUAUGUUUGAUGGCAACUGUGAAUAUAUUUUUGCUGAGGAUUAUUGCAAUCGAGGAAACGGGACAUUCCAAAUAUUAACAGAAAGUGUUCCAUGUUGUGAAAAUGGUGUGAUAUGCUCAAGAAAUAUCAAAAUUUUGCUUACGGGCAAAGAAUUUAUUCUAACAGAUGGCAAAGUAAUUCAAUCUGAUAAAUCUCGUGAAACCCAAUGUGUAGAUAGUUCCUACUCACUUCACGCUCUUGGACUCUAUUUAAUCCUUAAAUUUUCCAAUGGGAUCACUGUGAUAUGGGACAAACGAACAAGAGCUUCAAUCACAUUGGAUCCAAGAUGGAAGAACAAAGUAUGUGGUCUGUGUGGGAAUUUUAACGAUGAUGUUGCAGAUGAUCUAACAACCAAGGGGAACUCUGUGGUGACUAAUGCUGUAAAAUUUGGAAGCAGCUGGAAAUCAUCAUUGUCUUGUUCUGAUACAAUGAAUCAAACAUUCCCUUGUGACAGAAAUCCCUACUGUUUAGCAUGGGCCCAGAGAAAAUGUGGUAUUAUCAAGGAUGCUGUUUUUCAAAAAUGCCAUAAAAAGGUUGAUCCGACACCAUUCCAUGAUGCUUGUGUCCAGGAGGCUUGUGCCUGUGAUUUGGAAGGGAAAUAUUUGGGUUUCUGUACUGCUGUAGCAGUGUAUGCUGAAGCUUGUAACAAAGCUGGUGUUUGUGUUUCCUGGAGAACCCCAGACUUAUGCCCUGUAUAUUGUGACUAUUAUAACACUCCUGGGGAAUGCAGCUGGCACUAUCGACCUUGUGGUACAUUAACAACAAAAACCUGCUCAGACCAUUACAUAGGAAAGAAGUUCUCUGCUGUACUUGAAGGCUGUUAUGCAAAAUGUCCAGAGAAUGCUCCUUAUCUGGAUGAAAACAAAAUGAAAUGUGUAAAUGUGACAGAAUGCACUUGUUAUUAUAAUGGGAAAAUACUGCAACCAGGUGAAACAACAAGCAACGACUGUGAGGAAUGUGAAUGCAAGAAUGGGAAAGUCACAUGCAGAGCACCACCUAAAACAACAGUGAAGCCAACACCUCCAUCCACUACAACCAACAGAAUUGUAUCAUUAAAAACAACAGUGAAGCCAACACCUUUGUCAGCUACAACCAACAGAAUUGAAGAGACAACUACAAGAAUAAUAUGGGAAACAACUUCGACAGAAACACCACCAGUGAUACCAACUACAACCAUGUCUACCACCAGCUACAUACCAGAAAGCACACCACCACCAGGGAGACCGACUACAAUGACAUCUACCAGCAGCUAUAUACCUGAAAUGACAACACCGCCAGAGAGAUUAACUACAAUAACAUCUACCAGCAGCUACAUACCUGAAACCACACCACCCCCAGGGAGAAUGACUACAACCAUAUCUACCAGCAGCUACCUACCAGAAACAACAUCAACACCAGGGAGACCGACUACAACCACAUUAACCAGCAGCUACAUACCUGAAGAGGAAUGUAAUGGUGAAUGGUCCCCUUGGAUUAAUGACAAUACACCUACUGAGAGCAGUCCGGGGGAUUCUGAAUUAUUGGAUCCAUUACGUGAUGAACUGUGUCUCUCCUCUUCCGAUACAAUUAAUAAAAUUCAGUGCCAAUUUGUUGAUUUCCCCGAGUGGCCAGUGAGCCAAUCAAUAGACAAUGUGACCUGUGACAGAGACACAGGACUUGUCUGUACAUUCAAUGAAAGUGAUUUGGAAGGAAGGAGGUUUUGCUACGACUACCAAAUUCGAGUUUGCUGUGAGCCACAAAUAACAACAGAAUGGACAACAACAAAUCUACCAGAAACCACCUCUACAAACACCAUUCCAGAAACCACACCACGACCAGGUAGACCGACUACAGCUACAUCUACCAGCAGCUACAUACCUGAAACAACAUCAACACCAGGGAGACCGACUACAACCACAUUAACCAGCAGCUACAUACCUGAAGAGGAAUGUAAUGGUGAAUGGUCCCCUUGGAUUAAUGACAAUACACCUACUGAGAGCAGUCCGGGGGAUUCUGAAUUAUUGGAUCCAUUACGUGAUGAACUGUGUCUCUCCUCUUCCGAUACAAUUAAUAAAAUUCAGUGCCAAUUUGUUGAUUUCCCCGAGUGGCCAGUGAGCCAAUCAAUAGACAAUGUGACCUGUGACAGAGACACAGGACUUGUCUGUACAUUCAGUGAAAGUGAUUUGGAAGGAAGGAGGUUUUGCUACGACUACCAAAUUCGAGUUUGCUGUGAGCCACAAAUAACAACAGAAUGGACAACAACAAAUCUACCAGAAACCACCUCUACAACCACCAUUCCAGAAACCACACCACGACCAGGUAGACCGACUACAACUACAUCUACCAGCAGCUACAUACCUGAAACAACAUCAACACCAGGGAGACCGACUACAACCACGUUAACCAGCAGCUACAUACCUAAAGAGGAAUGUAAUGGUGAAUGGUCCCCUUGGAUUAAUGACAAUACACCUACUGAGAGCAGUCCGGGGGAUUCUGAAUUAUUGGAUCCAUUACGUGACGAACUGUGUCUCUCCUCUUCCGAUACAAUUAAUAAAAUUCAGUGCCAAUUUGUUGAUUUCCCCGAGUGGCCAGUGAGCCAAUCAAUAGACAAUGUGACCUGUGACAGAGACACAGGACUUGUCUGUACAUUCAGUGAAAGUGAUUUGGAAGGAAGGAGGUUUUGCUACGACUACCAAAUUCGAGUUUGCUGUGAGCCACAAAUAACAACAGAAUGGACAACAACAAAUCUACCAGAAACCACCUCUACAACCACCAUUCCAGAAACCACACCAGCACCAAGUAGACCGACUACAGCUACAUCUACCAGCAGCUACAUACCUGAAACAACAUCAACACCAGGGAGACCGACUACAACCACAUUAACCAGCAGCUACAUACCUGAAGAGGAAUGUAAUGGUGAAUGGUCCCCUUGGAUUAAUGACAAUACACCUACUGAGAGCAGUCCGGGGGAUUCUGAAUUAUUGGAUCCAUUACGUGAUGAACUGUGUCUCUCCUCUUCCGAUACAAUUAAUAAAAUUCAGUGCCAAUUUGUUGAUUUCCCCGAGUGGCCAGUGAGCCAAUCAAUAGACAAUGUGACCUGUGACAGAGACACAGGACUUGUCUGUACAUUCAAUGAAAGUGAUUUGGAAGGAAGGAGGUUUUGCUACGACUACCAAAUUCGAGUUUGCUGUGAGCCACAAAUAACAACAGAAUGGACAACAACAAAUCUACCAGAAACCACCUCUACAAACACCAUUCCAGAAACUACUCAACGGAUACCGACUACAACUACAUUAACCAGCGUCUACUUACCUGAAACAACCUCAGCACCAGCCAGUACGACUCCAACUACAACUACACCUUUCACAAGCUACAACCCUGAGGAGGAAUGUAAUGGUGAAUGGUCCCCUUGGAUUAAUGACAAUACACCUACUGAGAGCAGUCCGGGGGAUUCUGAAUUAUUGGAUCCAUUACGUGAUGAACUGUGUCUCUCCUCUUCCAAUACAAUUAAUAAAAUUCAGUGCCAAUUUGUUGAUUUCCCCGAGUGGCCAGUGAGCCAAUCAAUAGACAAUGUGACCUGUGACAGAGACACAGGACUUGUCUGUACAUUCAGUGAAAGUGAUUUGGAAGGAAGGAGGUUUUGCUACGACUACCAAAUUCGAGUUUGCUGUGAGCCACAAAUAACAACAGAAUGGACAACAACAAAUCUACCAGAAACCACCUCUACAAACACCAUUCCAGAAACAACACCACAAAUCCAGAAAACAACUUCAAUUACAUCUACCACCAGCUUCGUACCUGAAACGACACCAUCAAUUGUGACAACUACAUCUGCCACCAGCUCCAUAACUGAAACUAUACCACCGAUACAGACAACAACUACAUCUACCACCAGCUACAUACCUGGAGGAUAUACAACCGCCAGAACGUCACCUAUCAGAACCACUACUACAGAACCAUAUUGCAAUGGUGUAUGGUCACCCUGGUUUAACGAAAAUACGCCAUCUAUUCAGAACAAAGGGGAUUCUGAAUUACUGGAGACAAUUCACUAUAAACUGUGUCCUUUCUCCCCCUAUCAAAUAAAUGACAUUGUUUGUGAAGCUGUCAAGUUCCCACAACUACCAAUAAGUGAAAUAAAUGAUAACGUUACUUGUGAUAUAAACAAAGGACUGAUUUGUAAUUACAAUGAGCAGACACCCAAGAAUCACCUCAUGUGUUUGGACUAUAGAAUUAGGGUGUGCUGUGAGCCAAUACAAACAUCACAAGCUACUACCACAGCCAUUGUACCUGUAGUCCAUUCUACAAUCUAUGAGCCUCUAAUAACCCGUGUCACAAAGAAACCUCUAGAAUCUUGUCAGUGCAAUUCAAAGCCACCAAGGAUGUGCAUGGAGACAUGGAAAGAAAACUGCACAAUGAUUACUUGCAUCAGAGGAGAUAUUUUUAAAAUCGAUCCUAUUACCUGUCCUGCAUUAAAUAAACCAAGAUGUAACAACAACAUUGAGCCUGUGAAAGUUCGCACUGCAGAUGGAUGUUGUGAGAGAUGGGAAUGUGACUGUGAAUGCGAAAUAUGGGGAGACCCACAUUACAGCACAUUUGAUGGUAUAUGGUAUGAUUUUUUUGAGAACUGCACAUACACCUUGGUGGAAGAACGGGUUCCAAAAUACAAUUUCUCAGUUCUGGUGGACAAUUAUUUUUGCCUCCCAUUCAUAAAGAAGUCUUGUCCUAGGGGCCUAAUUAUAUCUUACAUGGGAAACGUUGUACAUAUUUCAACUGCAGGAACAUAUGUGUUGACAGUCAAUGGAAAUGAUGUGAGACCUCCCUACAAUGCAAAUGGAUUUAUCAUUACUAAACUGGGCAUCAGCACAUAUAUUUCAGUUCCUGUUAUUCGAACAACUAUUACUGCUUACCCUAAUGCCUUUAAGAUCAGGGUGCCAGAACAAUACUUCCUUGACAACACCCAAGGCCAAUGUGGAUCCUGUUCACACUCCCCACCCCAAUGCAUAAGAAGAAAUGGAAAGGCUGAGCCAUCUGACUGUUGUCACAAAACUGCAUUUGAUUGGAGAGUUCAAGAUUCCAGAAAGCCUUACUGUCAAUCAGCUGCUACAAAUGUGCCUUGUAUCCCAGCACCCACUCCUCCAACAUGCAAACCUGAAGAAACAAUCUGUGAUCUCAUUCAAAGCAAGCCAUUUAAACAAUGCAGAGAAAGGAUCAACCUCGACAAGUACCUCAAGACUUGUAUCUUUGACCACUGUGUGAUAAAUUCUACGAUUGACUGUGCCAGCUUGGAAACUGCUGCUUUAGCUUGUGCUAGUGUUGGUAUAUGUGUUGACUGGAGGCCUUUCACCAAUGGCAUGUGCAAUUAUACCUGCAAUCAGGGUUUCGAGUACAGGUCGUGUCAAAGCAAGGAAGAUGAUUGGUGCAAGAAUAAUACAUUGAAAGCUGGGGAAGUAUUAACUCCUUUCGAAGAAGGUUGCUUUUGUCCAAAUGGAAUGCUCCUAUCUGAAGAUAAAUCCAGAUGUGUUUCUGUUUGUCAAAUUUGCCGUGACCAGUUUGGACAACCAAGAGAGGAGGGUGAUACAUGGGAGGAUGCCAAUAAUCCAUGUAUCUCCUAUGAAUGUACUGAGUUUGGAGUCGUAAUCAGAAAUAUAUCCUGCAAUCAGGAUGAAAGCUGCCCUGAGUCUGACAGAGUUUACCUGAAUCAUUGUUGUUUUGAAUGCAGAUCGGCGCAAGAACAUUGCAAAGUUAAUAAAUUUAAUGAAACAAUCAAAACGGGAUAUUGUGAAGCAACAUUUGAAGCAACACAAUGUCUUGGGCGUUGUUCAUCAGUUACACGAUAUGACUUCAAAAGGCAUCGCAUGGACCCUUAUUGCCAGUGUUGCCGUGAAGACAAGACUGAAAAAGCAUCAGUGACACUACAGUGCAAAAAUGGAAGGACCAGGAGAGUAGAGUAUACCAGUAUCAAGUCGUGCAAAUGCAAAGAUUGUGGAGACAGCUUUCAAAAUCUGAUAAACAAGUCCCAAAAGCCGAUAAAGAAGUUCAAAAAUCUGAUAAACAAGUUCCAAAAAGUGAUACCUAAGCCCCAAAAGCCAGAAAACAAAUACCAAAAGCCGAAAAGCCAAUACGAAAAGCCGAAAAGCAAACACCAAAAGCCAAAGCCCAAGUCCCAAAAGCCAAAAACCAAGUAGAUCAAUUGAAUAAAUGGCACGAUUUUGACAGCCUAAUUUUUCAAAUCUGAUUUUGAUUUUAUUCUCAGGAGUUCUUUGCUAAUUGAUUUCUUUCAAUUGAUUUUCAUUGUUAUUUCUUUAAAAAAAAACCCUGAAAAUCUUUUUUUUGAUAAAUGGUAUGGUUUUGUGGUGGGAGGUGGUUGAAUAUUUAUAACUGUUUUACUGUAUUUAUUGGACACUUGGGACUUAUGUGAUUGGAAACAAUAAUAAACAAAUCUG